CCCAUUGCCCAUUGCUUCUCUUAAGAGAGAGAGAGAGAGAGAGAGAGAGCGCAAUGGAUUCCUUCUCAUUGUCCUUUCUCUCCACACUUCAAUACCCUAAGCUCCUUUCUUCUACAACCAAUAAACCCACAACGAUUCCUUCUCCUCACAUCCCUACCUUCCAUGUCUCUUCUGUCAGGAUCGAAGAGCAGAAACCCCAGCAGACAACACCACCACCACCACCACAAAUCAAACGCCAGCAACCUUCAAAUCCAAAAGCAGCCCCACUUCCUUCCACUAAAGCUAACAGUACCAUUGCAAGAACAACACUUUCUUCCACUAAAGCAACCACCAUCACAACCACAAGAAGACGAACAGAGCCUCAUCUUCCCACUAUUCUCUUCCACACUUUAGAUGACAUCAUCAACAACUUCAUCGACCCUCCUCUCCGUCCUUCCGUUGACCCCCGACUCGUUCUCGCCGACAAUUUCUCUCCCGUCGAAGAACUUCCACCGACGGACUGCCCUGUCAUCGAGGGCCAUCUCCCCUCCUGCCUCGACGGCGCCUACAUACGCAACGGUCCAAACCCUCAGUACCUCCCUCGUGGUCCAUACCACCUCUUUGAUGGUGACGGCAUGCUCCAUUCCCUCCGGAUCUCCGACUGCCGUGCCACCCUCUGCAGCCGCUACGUCAAGACUUAUAAAUACUACGUCGAGCGUAACGCCGGCUCCCCCGUCUUUCCUAACGUAUUCUCCGGCUUCCAUGGCCUCACCGCCACUAUCGCACGUGGCGCUCUCUCUGCGGCGAGAGUACUUUCCGGCGAGUUCAACCCUGCCAAUGGCAUUGGCCUGGCCAACACCAGUCUCGCCUUCUUCGGUAAUCGCCUAUUCGCCCUCGGCGAAUCUGAUCUACCAUAUACUGUACGAUUGACUCCCGACGGUGACAUCGAGACAAUCGGACGACACGAUUUCGACGAGGAGCUUUUCAUGAGCAUGACAGCUCAUCCAAAAAUAGACCCCGACACGGGUGAGACUUUUGCAUUCCGGUAUGGGCCAGUACCUCCAUUUCUAACCUUCUUCCGGUUCAACCCGGAUGGGUCAAAGCAACCGGACGUGCCCAUCUUCUCCAUGACAAGCCCAUCGUUCCUUCACGACUUCGGGAUCACAAAGAAGUAUGCAAUCUUCCCGGACAUACAGUUAGGGAUGAACCCAACGGAAAUGAUAUUCGGAGGCGGAUCACCCGUCGGGUCUGAUCUGGGGAAGGUGCCCCGUAUCGGGGUGAUCCCACGGUACGCUAAGGACGAGUCGCAGAUGAGGUGGUUUGAGGUUCCCGGGUUCAAUAUCAUCCACGCGAUCAACGCUUGGGAUGAGGACGAGGAUGUGAUUGUGAUGAUCGCGCCCAACAUAUUAUCAGUGGAGCACACGUUGGAGAGAACGGAUCUGGUGCACGCAUCGGUAGAGAAAGUACGAAUUGAUCUAAAGACUGGGAUCGUGACGAGGUUUCCGGUGUCGGCGAGGAAUCUGGAUUUCGGAGUCAUCAACCCCGGGUUCAUGGGGAAAAAGAUCCGGUACUCGUAUCUGGCAAUUGGGGAUCCGAUGCCGAAGAUAUCGGGUGUGGUGAAGCUGGACGUGUCGGGUUCGGAGCAUAAAGAGUGUACGGUGGCGUGUCGGAUGUUUGGGGAGGGGUGUUACGGAGGGGAACCGUUCUUUGUGGCGAGAGAGCCUGGGAAUUGCCACGUGGAAGCAGAGGAUGACGGGUAUUUGGUGACGUACGUGCACGACGAGAACACGGGGGAGUCAAGGUUUCUGGUGAUGGAUGCAAAGUCGCCGUCGCUGGAGAUCGUCGCCGCAGUGAAGUUACCACGGCGGGUACCGUAUGGUUUUCACGGGCUUUUUGUCAGGGAAAGCGACCUACAAAAGCUGUGACUGUGAGCCUGUGAUG